GCUCUUCUCCAAUCCUAACCGGUAUGUCGGAUGAGGAUUCCCGUGCCAGCACCAGCUCAUCCUCAUCACCACCUUCCUCCAGCCAAAACAGACACAAGGAUACAGCUUUCAAGAAGAAACGGGAGAACAAAACCAGCAUGAGCAAGACCUCCAAGCUGCUUUCCACCAGCGCCAAAAGAAUUCAAAAAGAGCUGGCUGAAAUUACCCUGGACCCUCCGCCAAACUGCAGCGCCGGCCCUAAAGGAGACAACAUUUAUGAGUGGAGAUCGACCAUCCUGGGACCGCCCGGCUCCGUGUACGAGGGAGGGGUCUUCUUUCUGGACAUCGCCUUCACGCCAGAUUACCCCUUUAAACCCCCAAAGGUAACGUUCCGUACGAGGAUCUAUCACUGCAACAUCAACAGUCAGGGGGUGAUCUGUCUGGACAUCCUGAAGGACAACUGGAGCCCCGCCCUCACCAUCUCCAAGGUGCUGCUGUCCAUCUGCUCCUUGCUCACAGACUGUAACCCAGCCGAUCCGCUGGUAGGAAGCAUCGCCACCCAGUACACGACUAACAGAGCCGAACAUGACCGAACAGCCAAACAGUGGACAAAGAGAUACGCCACAUAGACCCGCUGGGUAGAGGAGGAGGAGGGGUGGGGUGGUUGUGGGUUAUUUCUAUCUCAGAUUUUUAGUACUUUAUUGUCUGGUCUAUGUUUUGCUCCCUGAUUAAGUUAUCUCCACAAAUAUGGUAAUAAAGGAACUAAACGAA